AUGACAGAAGGAUCCGACCACAACCGAGGUGAGGGCGCUCCCCUUUGGGGGCAGAUGAACCGAGAGAACUGGAUCCAGCAGCAGUUGGAGUUGGCACAGAGGGAUCUCUACAAGGAUGUAGAGAUCCUGCCUUCUCCGCUGUUGCUGGAGGAGAUGGGUCUGAAGUCGGACUACGACUUGCAGAGGGAGGCUUUCCGGGGGACGAGACUGGCCUUGGCACCCCCCGGAUUCGCUCCCGGCCGUUUUUCCCGCCUGGGAGCACAACCUCCGAAGUCUGCCCGGAAGAAGCGGCGUGAGCCGCCGGUGGAUCCGGCCCCUCGUCGCCUUCUGGGAACACCACCUCCGCUGUUUGCCCGGCAACAGCGACGUGAGCCGCCGGUGGACCCGGCCCCGCGUCGCCUUCCGGGAACACUACAUCCUCUGCCUGCCCGGAAAGAGCGACGUGAGCCGCCGCACAUCUUUCAGCAAAGCUGCAGCACUUUUAGCCACAUCUUUGUAGACGCAGAGACCACAGCGUCUACCAAAGGAUGUCAGAGGUGCAUCCUUUGGUACAAGAUGAUAUUUUUUCUGCUCGGUCUGCUUUGCUCCAUCUGGGGAGAACCUGUUCAAGGUUUCAACUUUACAGAGGACCUCCGUCAGCUCGCUGUGGGCAACAACUCUGUCUACAUCGCUACAGAGGAGAACUUUUACCAGCUGAGCCAUGACCUGACUCUGAUCUACAACCUGACCCACAGAGGAAUCUUAAAGAGCGCCGACCAACUGGACCAAGAGGAGUUUUACAGAGACCCCAUGAAGGCUGUCUUAAACGCAACUUUGAAAGUUAAUGUUUUAUUACCAUUUGAGAAAAAUGACACAUUGAUCAGCUAUGGUGUGAUUGGAAACAAACUGUGUGGUUUCUGUGAAGUUCUGGACCUGAAGAACAUUUCUAAGCUGGUUCACAGUGAGUCCAUCCAGGUGGGACCUCAGAGGAGCAGCAGUGGGUCCGUCAGCUUUCUGGUGGAUGUGAAGGAGGAUUCAGGUCAGACUGAGACUUACAUUCUGACAGCGAUAAAGAACCCUAGAGACAAGACAGAGUGUAGCUAUGAUUUAAAGACAAUCAAUCUUCAAAACACCAAUCAUAAACAGCAUGGGGAUAUAUUUUCCUGGUCUUGUCGAUCAGGUGGUAAACCUGGGAUCCAAACUGAAGCUGAUGUAGAGUUUGUGGACGGAUUCCAGAUCAACUCAACAGUGUUUCUGUUCUCCAACGUGGCAUCAGGAGGUAAAACCAACAAAGUCCGUCUGAUCUGGCUUCAGGCUGAAACCAGUAAAACUCAGACUCUGAAGUCUCUUCGUGGAGCGACUCUCAGUUCCUCUGGAGGUGAAGGCAGCAGACUGCUGGCCUCCUCGGUCAUCUCAGGUGGACAGCAGGUCCUGUGGAGUGGAGUGUUCAGUGUGGACGGAGGAGAAAGUAACACUGAGCUGCUGCUGUUUGAUGUCAGUCCUGAUCUCAACAGGAAGGCAAACACAGAUCCUGACUUUUAUGCAUCAAUGGAUAAGCCAGUGAACCCAUCGGUUCCUGUGCUCCUGAAACACAAAGCUGUGCUUUUUAAGCAGAACCUCAUGAGUUCUGUUCUGGCCGUCAGGCUGAACGGCUGGAUGGUUUUCUUCAUUGGAACAGCAGAUGGACAGAUCAUCAAGCUUCCUGUGGACAGGAAUUAUCAGCCCUCCUGUCCUCAGAUCCUCUACAGAACCAGUGGAGACAACAAAGUGUUUCCAAAAGUCCAACUGGAUCCAGUGGAUCAGAAACAUCUCUAUGUGCCGUUUAAAAACCAGGUGAAACGUGUUCCAAUGUCAAACUGCAGAACUUACCAAAAUGUGAAGGAUUGUCUUUCUGCCCAGGAUCCAUUCUGUGUCUGGUGUGUCUCUAAGAAAAGCUGCUUGUUUAAAGACGACUGUAGAGGUUCAGAGAGGCUGUCCAUCCCUGAUGAAUCCAAGCAGAAAAUAGUUUCUCACAGAUUUCUGAAGGACUCCACAGGAGAGAUGAAAAUAAUCAUCCAAUCACACCUGACUAUAGAGAAGAAGGUUCAGUCUAACUUCACCUGUGAUUUCUCUACAACCUCCAGCCAGCUUUGUAAAAAACAAGAACCAAAACCACAGUACCCACAAUGCACCUGCAUUCUCAAUGAUCCUUUCCCUGCUGAUGAUCUUGACGUUACCGUGACGAUCAGACUUGGAGACACAUUUCUGACCGAAAAAAUAAAGAUGGUCAACUGUUCCAGUAUCCAGGGGCAACCAAGUUUUCACCUGUGUCAGCGGUGCAUCAGAGCAGGAUGUGGAUGGAGACAGAACAGCUGCACCUGGGAAACUGAUGCAGUCAGCAACGACAUUUGUGCAAACAUUGAGCAGUUUGGGAGAAAUUUUUCUAAACCAGAGAUCUCCUCCAUCUCUCCCAGUGUCGUUUCUUUCUAUGGCAGAAAUCAGGUUGUGUUGUCGGGUCGGAACCUCAGAGAUGUGACCAGAGUCAGGAUUAAAGCAGACCUGGACUGUGACCCAAAGGAAUCCCCGGUGUGGAACAACAACGGCUCCAGUCUGACCUUCCAUAUUCCCAGCACAGAAGCUAAAGGUCUGGCCAAAGUCUGUGUUCUCCUUCCAGAUGGGAGUUGCCACGGCAACUUCACCGUCACCUAUCAGUCUUCACCAAUCUGCACUGAUAUUACACCAAGCAGCAGCUGGAGAAGUGGAGGCAGGAUGAUCACUAUUUCUGGGACUCACCUGGAUUUGGUGGAGGGGAUCACACACAGCCCCACCCAGCAGGAAGUCAUGUCUCCCAUGAGCAGCAGCUAUCAGACUGUCAUCUAUGAAACACCUGCAGCCAAGAACCCUCUGGUGUCCAGCAGCACCGUGUUUCUGAAAGUGGUCAAUGUAACGUUGGCAUGCUCUAAGGAAAUAACUUACUAUCCUGACCCAGAGUUCUCCAGCUCCACAGCCGUGAAGGAAAGGGAAGAUGUCCGUAUCACUAUUCAGAAAAAGGCCGAUAACCUGCAGAUGACAGAAGCAGAGCUGUCAGUUGUGGGAAUUCAGAAUGAAGUUGAACAUGCCUGCAUCAUAAUACCUGAAGAAAUCAGCAACAAGACAGAAACCUUUAUCUGUGAGAUCAAAGGACUGCAAAGCUCUGACAUUGAUAUGGUCAAGAUCAAUUAUGGAAAGGAAACAAUAAAUCUGCGGCUUUUGUCUUCAUUCCAUAAAAACCUUUUGAUUCUGCGGCUCAUGCUAAUACCCUGCGUUGUUGCCGUGCUGGUGAUUAUUUGUAUGUGGAAACGACGGACUCACGGCUGAGACAAAACUCUGAUCGCUUGAAAGUUUCUGGAAGGAGAACUCCAACAAAGAGGGAUGUUUUCUUCUUUUCCUGAGCAGCUUGGUGUUUGAAUGCUUUAUGCUCAAUGACAUUUAUUUUGUUGUGUAUC